GAGAUCUUCAGGCUACCAGGCAGGCUGAGAAUCCAGCCCUCACUGUGGAGCAAGGACGACGUGAUCCACUGGCUAAGAUGGGCUGAGGAAGAGUAUUCCCUUCGGCAAACUGACGAAAGCAAGUUUGAAAUGAACGGCAGAGCCCUGUGCAUCCUCACCAAGGAUGACUUCAGAUACCGAGCUCCGAGCUCAGGCGACGUGUUGUAUGAAAUACUCCAGUACAUUAAGACUCAAAGAAGAGCUCUGGUGUGCAGCCCUUUCAUAGGUGCCUUAGUGGGAGCUCUGUGACUAUUUAUUCCCCACCAACACUCAGACUGCAGGUUGCUGUGGGAUUAUGUGUACCAGCUCCUCUCUGACAGCCGCUACGAGCCUUACAUCAAGUGGGAAGACAAGGAAGCCAAGGUCUUCCGGGUCGUGAACCCAAAUGGACUUGCCCAGCUCUGGGGGAACCAUAAGAACCGCGUAAACAUGACGUAUGAGAAGAUGUCACGAGCGCUCAGACAUUACUACAAACUCAACAUCAUCAAAAAGGAGCCAGGGCAGAAGCUGUUGUUCAGGUUUUUGAAGACUCCUGGGGAGAUCAUCCAUGAGAAAUCCAGCAAACUGGAGCAGCUGGAGAAUGAAGAUCAUGAAGAUUUUAAAGAAGACCCACCGGAGGUUUCACCGUAG